AUGCCCGUCAAAGCCUGGAACUUUUUCUGGCUGGUAUACUUUCCUGAGUUGGAGAGGAUUGCACCAAGUCACGAGCAUGAUGUUGCAACUGGUGAUGAUGCGGUUGGAAAAUCAUGGUUGGUACACAGAUACCGUGUUGGACCAAUUAUAGAUAAAGUUAUUCAAGCCACUAUUGGAGUUGACGUAUAUGUCAAGGAAGUACAACUAGAUUACGACAGAUAUGUGAAAAUUGGAAUAUGGGACACUGCUGGCAAUGAAAGAUUUGAUUCUGUUAGUGCAAUGUACUGCAGAGGAGCACAUGCUGCAAUUGUUGUGUAUGACAUAACACAGGAAAAGUCAUUUUGGAAAGCAAGAUCUUGGUUACAAAGACUUCAGUAUGAGGCCACUCCAAAUAUUUUUAAAGCACUAGUUGGAAAUAAAGCAGAUUUUGUAAGCAAGAGGGAGGUGGAAUAUAAGGUAAUUUGUGUUACUUUGUAGCUCUGUAGGUUUCCAUCAGGCAUAAGAUCUGGAGUUUUAUUUAAAAAUCUAAUUCUGUCCAUAUUUCUUGUGGCAAUUCCCCAUUUUAUAAUAGUUAAUUUUAAUUUUGCUCUCGCAAAUUCGAUUACUCAGUUGAUUUGAAAUGAAGAGGUGAUCUAGUCUACAUUGUAUUUUCAUCGAGGGGUUCGCCCACGUAGGGCCAAAUGAGUCCGGGUUUUUGUAGCGCCAGGUAUCGAGCAGAUUAUGCGUUUUAAUCAAAGCCUUGAGUUCGAUAGUCGAUGCUUUUCUAAUGUCAACAGGUUUGCCACCUCUUUUGUCUAAAGUGCCGAUUACGCAAUUAAAAUCGCCCCCCAACACAAGAUUU